CGUGGCUCAUUGGGCGACGCUGCUGCAGUACAGUGUGCCUUUACUCACAAGUGUGUUCCUUGUACACCAGUAUUUUAUAUGGAAUUGUACUAAAGCGGAAGCAAUGGAUCCCAUAGCCGAGACUGAGAGUAAAAAGGUCGACAUUUAUAGGGACACAUGGGUUCGGUUCUUGGGAUAUGCCAACGAGGUGGGCGAGGCAUUUCGUGCCCUCGUGCCCGUCAGCAUGGUGUGGGCGAGUUACGCCGUCGCUACAGCAUACGUGUCAGCUGACGCAGUGGAUAAAGGCAAGAAGGCAGCUGUGGCUCAUGGUGAUCACCCGGGGAAGACUACGCGUGUGGCUGUGGCUGUCGUGGACACGUUUGUGUGGCAGGCGUUGGCGUCCGUGGCCAUUCCCGGCUUCACCAUCAACCGUGUGUGUGCUGCUUCUCUCUAUCUGCUGGGCAAAACCACGCGGUGGCCUUUACCCGUGCGCAAGUGGACCACCACCGCCAUCGGCCUUUCUACUAUCCCUUUCAUUAUCAAACCCAUCGACAGGUCUGUAGACUUCCUCCUGGAUUCCAGCUUGAGGAAGGUUUACGGUGGAGGGGAAAAGCACGAAUGAAGACCAGGAAGCUGACAUGGAGCCGAUGUACACACGUCCAAGUAAAGCCUCAUCAGAUUACAGCAGCAGCAAAGACUGAUUUUUCAUUUCCAUCAUAUUGUUUCACCAAGACGCACAACCUCAUCAAGUUUCUAGGGGUGUAACGAUACAGCGUACCUGUAGUGUGAUAUGAGGCUCUCGAUCCGAUCCGAUAUGAUACGAUGAUUUGUUAGACUGCAUAAUAAUGUAGAUCAUUUUUCAUAUUUUUCAUAAAAUACAGCAUAUAUACAGUAUAAUGCUAAGAGUCUGAACAAACACUUGAACAAACAUACAAGACUUAUUAUUAUUAUUAUUAUUAUUAUUAUUAUUAUUAUUAUUAUUCAGGUGAUGCUUAUUUCUGCUGUAUCGAAAAUGUUUCGAGACACCACCAUAACAUCAUAUCGAAUUUGAAUUUUGCGUAUCGUUACACUCCUAUGAGUUUCGUAUACUGUAAGAAACACAACAUUAAUGUUGUUGUGUGAUAAUGCUAAAAAAAAAUUUGUUAUGGUGUAAGAAAAAAAGGUUCAUUAAGAGUGUAGCUGUAUUACUGGCUGUAGCUGGCUUCAACAUUUGAUGUGCGUAUGUCACAAUAUGAACAACUAUAGUCUCUUGCACAGGAUCCCGGUUCCUUAGUGUCACUUGAUGUCUUUUUUUUUUUUUAAUUGUAGUGUCAUAUUGAAAGUUUUCCCUCAGACAGUUGUAUUUGCCUUGCUAAUCUUUAGUCUGAUAUAUUCCUAGAUAAAGCCAACGAAAACAUUACUGUAAAAUGUAUGUUAAGUUGCUAUACCUGACAUAAUCAGUGCAUAAUAUUUGACUUAGUUGUACCUCGGUGCAUUAUAUCGAAACGUCCAGAUGGUUGUUGGAGAACAUAAUUGAGAAAGUUGUGAAGGUUUGAGAGCACACUAUGCAAAAGACACCAAGCCAUAAGUUGCAAAUAUGUACAUUUUAGCUGAUUUUAAAUUCUAGCAAAGACAUGAAAAAGAUGUGAAACCGUAGUUCGUCCCAGCAUAGAGGUGGCUGUGAUGCCAAAAACAGAAAUAGUGAAUAUUUUUUAUUCUAUAUAGGUGAACUAUUACUUUCUAUCUACCUGAAUAUUCACAUAUCUUAUUUGGGAUAUACAUGCAUCUAUGACUACUGUGGAAACAUAAGGGAAAGAGUGUUUAUUUGUUUACAUGUGUUUUUUUAAAGGAUUUUUUUAUGUUUUCAUGUUAUGGGGCAUCAAAUAUAUUAGUAUAAAAUGUGGCAUUGAAAAUUAGAAGGGUUUAUUUUUUUAGCAAACAUUUUUUUAAAAAGAACUCUGGGGUGAUGCUUUCAUUUAAAAAAGGAUGUUUAAUAUGUAAUAAAACAAAAGAAAUGCUGUCCAUAAUAAAGUGAAAUAUAAAGAAA